AUCUUUGUUGACCACUAAUCGUAACUUUUGCAUUCACGCGACGGUGCUACCUAUUCCAAGUCGUUAUGUACGGCAGCGAUCGGCAACACUGUAAGAAUCCUUCCGGUCUCCAUCGCUAGCCAUCAUGACCAAGGGUACAUCCAGCUUUGGUAAGAGGAGGAACAAGACCCACACCCUCUGCCGGAGGUGUGGUCGGUCCUCGUAUCAUAUUCAGAAGUCGCGAUGUGCUCAGUGCGGCUAUCCCGCGAAGAAGAUUAGACAUUAUAAUUGGAGUGAGAAAGCACAGCGAAGGAAGACCACUGGCACUGGCAGACUAAGACACCUGAAGCUUGUUCAUCGUCGAUUCCGGAAUGGAUUCAGGGAUAUCAACCAGUUGCGGAAGAAGAAAACCAAGCAGCAAGGUGCCUCUGCUGCUGCCUCCCGACACCGUUGUUUUAUUAAUUAA